AUGACCACAGACAAAACCACCGCUGUCGCUGGGGUCAAGGAGGAUCCUGUUCCUCUGGACCCAACCCCUCCUGAAGUGAUCACUGAGGACCAGGACCAACAGGAUGGUGUUCGAGUCGCGGAAGCAGUCACUGCCUCUUGGUCGAGGAAGUCACUGAUUAUAACAUAUGCCUCUAUGUGGAUGCUAUACUUUGUCAAUGGGCUGAACAGCAGCCUAACCGCCAAUCUAUCGGCGUAUAUUACAAGUGAUUUCUCGGAACACUCGCUGCUCACGGUGAUCAGUGUGGUGACCAGCGUCAUGGGUGCAGCAUGUGUGAUGCCAAUUGCCAAAGUGCUCAAUCUGUGGGAUCGGACUCUAGGAAUCUGCAUCAUGGUCUUGAUUGCCAUCAUGGGUCUGAUCAUGAUGGCAGCAUGUAACAACAUCGCAACUUAUUGUGCUGCACAGGCAUUCUACACGGUCGGCUUCACUGGUACGAUCUUUUCUAUUGACGUGAUUACCUCGGACACGUCCUCCCUCCGCAACCGUGGCAUCGCAUAUGCCUUCACCUCCUCGCCCUAUAUCAUCACUGCCUUUGCCGGAUCACCCUUGUCCAACCAGUUCCAUCAAACUAACUGGCGAUGGGCAUAUGGAACCAUCUGCAUCAUUCUUCCGGUCGUGGCGCUUCCGUUAGUUAUCACCUGGGAAUUAGCCAAGCGAAAGGCGGAUAGGGAGGGCCGACUACAAUAUAAACCUCGGAGCACUCGGACAUGGUGGCAGAGUGUCUGGUUCUAUAUCAUUGAGUUUGAUGUCAUUGGUAUAUUAUUCAUGAUCGGCGGCUUGAUUCUAUUCCUUACUUCAUUCAACAUUGCCGGAAACACCGAGGGGGAGUGGAAAUCAGCUAAGAUCAUCGCGAUGAUGGUAGUCGGCUUCGUCGUUCUAGUUGCCUUCGUUGCAUACGAGCGAUGGGGAGCACCGAAGCCUUUCAUUCCAUUCACUUUACUGGUAGAUCGCACUGUCAUCGGUGCUUGUCUGCUGGAUAUUACCUACCAGAUCUCAUACUACUGCUGGGCAAGCUACUUCACUUCAUUCCUCCAGGUGGUCUUCAGCACGAGUCUUACCCAAGCUGGUUACAUUGCGGCCAUUUUCGAUCUGAUGGACCCCAUUUGGCUGCUCGGAUGUGGUUACCUGAUCCGAGUCACCGGCCGCUUCAAGUGGCUGCUGAUGUUUGCCGUCCCGCUCUACCUGCUGGCGAGUGGAUUGAUGAUCUAUUUCCGCUCUCCUGGUCAUAAUGUCGGGUACAUGUGCAUGUGCCAGAUUUUCUUGGCCGUCGGCGGUGGCACAAUGAUCUUGAUCGAACAAGUUGCUGUUCUGGCAGCCGCCAAGCAUGAAGAUUACGCGGCCAUGUUGGCUCUGCUCAGUGUCUUUGGCAACGUGGGCGGCGCGGUGGGCAGUAGUGUCUCUGGCGCUAUCUGGACGAACACACUUCCCAAGAAACUGCAGGAACUACUGCCAGCGGACACAAAGGACCAGUGGGCGGAAAUUUGUGAGUCGCUGGAUGUUCAGCUCAGCUAUCCCGUGGGUUCGCCUACUCGCAUCGCCAUACAAAACGCAUAUGCCGUCAGCCAGCGCAACAUGAUGAUUGCGGGAACUGCUGUCAUGGCGCUGUCAAUUGGCUGGGUUUUGAUGAUGAGGAACAUCAAGGUCAAGGACAACAAGAAUGUUUCGCAGGUUCUGUUCUAG